AUGUCCUCCAAUUUCGUGAAUGCGACAGGGAUAGAAUGUUUCAUACAGCAGCGCUAUCCCGGCACCUCUCGCGAUGAAGCCUAUGUCAGACUCUUCGACGACCUGAAGCCUCUUAUAAAUCCUGCUGCGGUAGGAUGGCACAACUUCAUACAAGCACUUGCAAUUCUCCUCAACAAGCCAGUUUAUAGUCUCGCUAAAUCUGCAGGUCGUACAGCCCAGCGCAUCCUUGGAGCCGUUUCUCAGAGCCCUUCGGAGACGUCCCAGCCCGUCAAGGAUAAUCCAAAUGACAUCUCGGAUCAGACGAUGAUACAGAUACUUCGCAUUCUCGCAGAGGCUGCCGGAGAUCUUCCAGAAGUGGUAUCAAGUACCGGUUCCGAUGGCAGUGAAGAGUACGAGAUUCAACACAGCUCCCAUGGAGGCGGACCCCGAGUGUUCAGAGUCUUCAAUAACUCCUUCAACGCUGGGCGUGAAUUUACCGCCGUUUUUGCUACCUGUGCUCUGUCGACUACGGCCCUUACUAUACAGACAAAAGCGAAGGAGUUACGGGCCAUCGGAUUAAACCCCAAGGACAUUCCUGAUGAGACAAGCUAUCAGAUGACACCAAUGGUCCAGGGCUGGAAGCUCCACGGCUUCGGAUAUUUCAUCUACAAGUUUGUCGACCAUGAAACUGUGGCUACCGACGGAGAAAAGUCCGCUGGACGUCAUGCCUUUUACGUCUUCAAUCCGACAACCAGUGCCAACGAAGAGUUUAGGACACAGGUCCAAAAGAGGCCCUUACUAGCCUCAUUUGGCGGGAUGUGCUCCGAUCUCGAGGCCGUUUUUCUCCUUAUGUGGCAAAAUCGUCAGUCGCUUCGAAAGACAGACCCGGAAAAUGCAGAUAACGUGAUAUUCCACUUGCUGGUUCCGGCAAAGAGGACUUUCGCUAUUGCAGAGAGAAUGGCUAUCGAUGGUGGAGUGGGGAAGCUGAUUAUCAAAGGACACACGGACGAAGGUGCCUGCUAUGCGUGGUUCAAUUUUGUAUCUUUGCCACGGCAAGUGGUACUACAUGAUGUCGGAAACCUUAACAGAGACUCUGCCGAUCUCGACAGAUCAUGGAAAGGUGAGAAGAGUGGUGCACUUGCAUUCUUCGGCUGCGGGCUUAUGACAAUUAUCACCGGGUAUUUUAUCCCUCCGGCAGCGCCAUACUUUGCUUGGCUGUGUUUUGCAUCGUUGGCAGUGGCAUUGAAGUAUGGCGUAUUGGAUAAUCUGCGACGGAGUUACCGGUCUCCUCCUCGUAUUCUCGGUCCUCCGUCAGAGGUUCGUCGAGAAUGAAAGAAAAAUUGAUAUGUAGUGACUAAAAUGAGAUCUGAUAGUUGUUUGGUUCCCAUUCGAAGAAAUUGAUCGUUCUGGAAAAAUUGUUCUGAUAGUCAUCGUAGAGGUAGCCGAGGGGACUACACAGAAUACUAAAGUAUACUUGAGUGGAC